UGAAGGCUACAGCCAAACACGUUUUUGUUUCCAAAGUAAGACCUACUCUCACCUCCUCUCCCCUUUUUGUAUAUAUACUCAUGAUGAGCCAUAUAUGUUAUCCAUCUCAACAUUAAUCACCAUCAUUCAACAACAUAUAUCCCUUCUCCAUCUCUCUACUCACACUAUUUACUUAAUUAGCACAUCACUAAUACUGAAAACAAAAAUACAUUACAAUACAUACUACAUCAAUAUAUUGAGAGAUAACAAUGGUUAGAAUCCAUGCAAUACUGAUCUCUACUUUGGUUCUAGUUAUUCUCUCAGUUUCAACAUUGGCAUCAUCCUCAUCUUUGAAGUUUGGUUUCUAUAAAACAACAUGUCCAUCCGCUGAAGCAAUUGUUAGAAGAGCGGUAAACAAAGCUGUCUCACUCAACCCAGGCAUAGCUGCUGGUUUGAUUAGAAUGCAUUUUCAUGACUGUUUUGUAAGAGGAUGCGAUGGUUCUGUAUUAUUACAAUCCACACCAGGUAAUCCAUCUGAGAGAGACCAUCCUGCAAACAAUCCAAGUUUACACGGCUUCGAAGUCAUCAACGAAGCUAAGGCACAAAUAGAAGCCGUAUGUCCUAAAACUGUGUCAUGUGCAGACAUUCUUGCUUUUGCGGCUAGAGACAGUACUCGCAAAGUUAGUGGAGGCAUAGACUACUCAGUACCAUCAGGACGCAGAGAUGGUCGAAUCUCUAUCAUGGCCGAAGUCACACAAAAUCUACCACCACCAACUUUCAAAGCGGAGGAACUUAUCAAACGUUUUUCCAUAAAAGGUUUAUCAGCAGAUGAAAUGGUUACACUUUCUGGAGCUCAUUCAAUUGGUGUCUCACAUUGUUCCUCUUUCUCAAACCGGUUAUACUCUUUCAAUGCUACGUUUUCUCAAGAUCCUUCAAUGGACCCUAACUUUGCUAUGUUGUUGAAAUCCAAGUGUCCACCACCACAAUCACAGACAAGAGACCCAACGGUGGUGCUUGAUGGUUCGACGCCUAAUGAUUUGGACAACAUGUACUAUAUGAAGUUGAAGAAUAAGCGUGGUUUAUUAACUUCAGAUCAAACAUUGGCGGAUAGUGACUUAACAAAGAGAAUGGUGUUAAAAAAUAGCAGACAUGGUGCAAUAUGGAGAGUGAAGUUUGCAAAGGCAAUGGUGCAUAUGGGUUCCAUACAAGUCUUGACAGGUUCUCAAGGUGAGAUUAGAGAACGCUGCAGCGUCGUUAAUAUUAAUUAACUGCACCAAAUUUAUUCAUCUUCCUCAAAAUUUGAUUCUUUCUUUCUUUCUUUUUUCUUCAUCAAUUCUUUGAUUCUUUGAAUUAUUAUUGUUUCUGUUUGGAAUCAUUCUUUAUAUGUGUGUGACUGUUUGUAAUCUUUAUCAAUUCAAGUGUAAUAAUAAGAAAAAGUAGCGAACUACUCUGUCUGAAUUAUAUAUGUUGGAUCCUUUCAAAAUUUACAGCUUAAACAUUUGGUUGUUGUUGAUGACUUAUUAUUCAAAAUUGCUUGCAGUUAUGAAAGAAAAAAGUGUAUAUUCAAAAUUAUUCAAAUUAUAUUUUUAAAAUAGAGAAAAAGAAAGUGUAAAAUUUUAACUGUCAAUCAAGAAGACACUGUUUCCAAUUAAAAUACACU